GAUCUCCAGCGCCUGCCCGUGUCUGGGGCUCUCCCUCCGCAAAGGCAGCAGUGACACGGUAGUGGUCUGCGAGGAGCGUCUGAAUGGAGAAACUUGGCAUUUGGCUUCUGAUGAAGUCCGCUGCUGCGUCCUACGCGCAUUGUUGGAUAGCUCAGGUUUGGAUCACAACUUACGGUGAAACUUUCUAUUAAAAUGAGAAUGCACCAACCGGGCUGGGGAUUCAAUUGAGCCAAGUGAUAACGCAAAUCGACAAACUAUGAACUUGCACUUGUGGAUUUUAAACUUUUUUCUCUGUUGGACUCCUGUUGAGGCACAGAUGGGGUUUGAUGGGCCUCUCUCUGCACAGGAGCAGAUGUACAUCCUCUAUGAAAUCAAAAUGCAGUGCUACCAGAACCUCUCCAACAUUGAACCAAGGACCACAGAUGAGGUGUGCCCCCCUGACUGGGACGGUCUUAUCUGUUGGCCCCAUGGCUCCCCUGGACUGGUUACCAAGGUUCCCUGCCCAUCUUACAUCUACGAUUUCAAUCACAAAGGACAUGCUUACAGAAAGUGUGAUGUCAACGGAUCCUGGGUAUUUGUAGACCAGUGGAACAAAACAUGGACCAACUACUCAGAGUGUCUCCGUUUCCUUCAGCCCUUCAGUGACGAGGAAGCAAGACAAGACUUCUUUGAGCGGCUGUAUAUCAUGUAUACCAUCGGCUACGCUGUGUCCUUCAGCUCUCUGCUAGUGGCCAUCAUGAUUAUUGGAUACUUCAGGCGUCUUCACUGCACCAGGAACUACAUCCACAUGCAUCUGUUUGUUUCCUUCAUGCUGCGGGCAGUCAGCAUUUUUGUGAAGGACAAAGUUGUCCACUCAAGCGCUGGAUUGCAGGACUUGGACUCUGCACUGCUGGACAACUUAAAAACCGUUAGCAUAGCAUCACUUGACAAGUCUCAGUAUAUUGGCUGCAAGGUGACGGUGUUGCUCUUCAUCUAUUUUCUGGCAACCAACUAUUACUGGAUCCUGGUAGAAGGACUCUACCUCCACAGUCUCAUCAUGGCUUUCCGAUCAGAUUCCAAAUACCUCUGGGGCUUCACGCUCAUCGGAUGGGGUGUUCCAGCUGUUUUUGUGGCAGUGUGGGCGAUUGUCAGGGCAAUGCUCGCAGAUGCAAGGUGCUGGGAGUUAAGUGGUAACGUUAAGUGGAUCUACCAAGUUCCCAUCUUGACAGCGAUUGGGCUCAACUUUCUUUUGUUUGUGAACAUCGUGCGAGUGCUGGCCACUAAAAUUCGAGAGACAAACGCAGGAAGAUAUGACACCAGGAAACAGUACAGAAAACUGGCAAAAUCCACUCUCGUGCUGGUGCUGGUGUUUGGGAUCCACUACAUCAUCUUUGUUGGAAUGCCUCAUACAUUUGAGGGACCAAGCUGGGAGAUCCGCAUGUACUGUGAGCUGUUCUUUAACUCAUUUCAGGGCUUCUUUGUGUCCAUUAUCUAUUGCUACUGCAAUGGAGAGGUUCAGACAGAGAUAAAGAAAACGUGGACACGCUGGAACCUGGCCUUUGAGUGGGAGGGCCCGGUGGUCUGCGGUCGCUACCGUUACGGCUCUGUGGUUGUCGGUAUUAACAAUAACAGCACCAGCAGUCAGUCCCACCUGGCAGGCGGUGGACUUUCUACACGCUCCACCACGCUUGUUUCCAACCGUGUUUCUCGAAGCUCAGGUGCACCUGUGAUCAGCAUGCACACCACUCUCCCAGGAUACGUAAUCAGUAACUCUGAUCCAUCCAUACCUGAAGAACCUGAGGACAGUGGCCCCAAGCAGGUGGACGAUAUCUCGCUGAAGGAAAAUCUGCCUGUUCUAAGCACAAGUGCAGCAGCUGAUGAUGAGGAAGAAACACUGUAGCAGUUAUCUAUAGACAUAGGAGGCUGAAGAGACAGAGGGAAAAAUAUGCACAUUGAGCUGUACAAACCCAUUACAGCCUUGUGUAAUUCAAGCUCUGAAGAGGGAAGCAAAGGGAACUCAAAAGUCUGUGAGCAACAACUGUUAAAAUAUCUUCAACCUCCAUGUGAAAAAGAACUUAAAUACAAAUGCUGUGAAUAUGAAGUUGACUGUCAAAUAAUGACCACAUUCUUGACACUGCCGCUGGAAGUCACCAGUGAAAAAAUGAAAAAUAUCGAAGCUGAGCUAUAAUUAGACAAAGGUUCCUGAGCUUGAAAGCAGACUGUAAUUUCACACUACAGUCUGCAUUUGCAUUCAAGACUGCUGAAGUCAGAUGGAGGAAACAAUUUGCAUGCGAACAUGGUUUGUAUGGUGUAAGCCGGUGUGUUGGGAAGUCAGCUGUUAUGUAGACAUUUGUAGACAUUGGUUUUUCCUAUAUGAUACAGAGAUGAGAAGCUUUUGCAGAUGUCUGUAUAUUUAUAAAAGGACUGAAGUCAUUGACUGAACAAAAUACCCCUUAUGUUUCUCAGGGAGGGCAACACCAUGGUGCCCUCUAUUGUCCAGCAGGCAGUGGAGGGUACUGGCUAAGUUUCACUUAAAGGUACAGAUACAGUAGGGACGGAAAGUAUUCAGACCCCUUGAAAUUUUUCACUCUGUGUCAUUGCAGCCAUUUGCCAAAAUCAAAAAAGUUCAUUUUAUUUCUCAUUAAUGUACACUCAGCACCCCAUCUUGACAGACAAAAACAGAAAUGUAGAAAUUUUGGCAAAUUUAUUAAAAAAGAAAAACUGAAAUAUCACAUGGUCAGAAGUAUUCAGACCCUUUGCAGCGACAUUCAUAUUUAACUCACAUGCUGUCCAUUUUUUCUGAUCCUCCUCGAGAUGGUUCUCCUUUAUUGGAGUCCAGCUGUGUUUAAUUAAACUGAUUGGACUUGAUUAGGAAAGGCACACACCUGUCUAUAUAAGACCUUACAGCUCACAGUGCAUGUCAGAGCAAAUGAGAAUCAUGAGGUCAAAGGAACUGUCCAAGGAGCUCAGAGACAGAAUUGUGGCAAGGCACAGAUCUGGACAAGGUUACAAAAGAAUUUCUGCAGCACUCAAGGUUCCUAAGAGCACAGUGGCCUCCAUAAUCCUCAAAUGGAAGAACUUUGGGACGACCACAACUCUUCCUAGACCUGGCCGUCCAGCCAAACUGAGCAAUCGUGGGAGAAGAGCCUUGGUGAGAGAGGUAAAGAAGAACCCAAAGAUCACUGUGACUGAGCUCCAGAGAUGGAGUCGGGAGAUUGAAGAAAGUUCCACAAAGUCAACUAUCACUGCAGCCCUCCACCAGUUGGGGCUUUAUGGCAGAGUGGCCCGACGGAAGCCUCUCCUCAGUGCAAGACACAUGAAAGCCUGCACAAAGUUUGCCAAAAAACACAUGAAGGACUCCAAGACUAUGAGAAAUAAGAUUCUCUGGUCUGAUGAGACCAAGAUUGAACUUUUUGGUGUUAAUUCUAAGCGGUAUGUGUGGAGAAAACCAGACACUGCUCAUCACCUGCCCAAUACAAUCCCUACAGUGAAACAUGGUGGUGGGAGCAUCAUGUUGUGGGGGUGUUUUUCAGCUGCUGGGACAGGACGACUGGUUGCAAUUGAAGGAAGGAUGAAUGCGGCCAAGUACAGAGAAAUCCUGGAGGAAAACCUCUUCCAGAGUGCUCAGGACCUCAGACUGGGCCGAAGGUUCACCUUUCAACAGGACAAUGACCCUAAGCACACAGCUAAAAUAACAAAGGAGUGGCUUCAGAACAACUCUGUGACCGUUCUUGACUGGCCCAGCCAGAGCCCUGACCUAAACCCAAUUGAGCAUCUCUGGAGAGACCUCAAAAUGGCUGUCCACCAACGUUCACCAUCAAACCUGACGGAACUGGAGAGGAUCUGCAAGAAAGAAUGGCAGAGGAUCCUCAAAUCCAGGUGUGAAAAACGUGUUGCAUCAUUCCCAAGAAGACUCAUGGCUGUACUAGCUCAAAAGUCCGCUUCUACUCAAUACUGAACACAGGGUCUGAAUACUUCUGACCAUGUGAUAUUUCAGUUUUUCUUUUUUAAUAAAUUUGCCAAAAUUUCUACAUUUCUGUUUUUUUUUCUGUCAAGAUGGGGUGCUGAGUGUGCAUUAAUGAGAAAUAAAAUGAACUUUUUUGAUUUUGGCAAAUGGCUGCAAUGACAGAGUGAAAAAUUUCAAGGGGUCUGAAUACUUUCCGUACCCACUGUAUGUUGCACAUACACUGCCAGUCAAACAUUUGGACACAUCUUCUCAUUCAAUAUUGGAGACAUCAAAACUAUAAAAGAAUACAUAUGGUAUUAUGUUGUAAACAAAAAAGUGUUAAUCUUCACUAUUAAUCUACAAUGUAGAAUGUAAUACAAAUAAAUAAAAAUCACUGAAAGGGAAGGUGUGUCCAAACUUUUGACUGGUAGUGUAUGUGCUCCAUACAACAGUGGUAGUAUGGAAAUAAUUUCGGCAUUUCUGUACACAGUGAUUUUUCUUGCUGUCAUUUUGAUUGUAUUGAACAUUUGUUGCACGUUUGAGAAUAAUGAUAAGCUAAAGUAGUAACAAGCACACAGAACACUGGACAAAUACACAUCAAAAAUACCUGGUAAUAAAACAGUGACCGCACCAUCAGAAAGAUAGCAGACACUUGGCAAACAAGUGCAUACUAAAUGUGUGCUGUGUCAUUUUCCCCAUGUAGCUCCAAGCUCCAUGCAAUAAACAGUGGGCUGUAUUUUUCCUGCAGUGGAUGAACAUCACUAAAAGGCAGUUUUUAUGUGUUUUGGAAAAGUAGUUGUGCGCAGACAACCAAUUGCAGGCAGGGUAAUUUCUGUAGCUGCGAUCGACAGAUGUGUGCACAGACUUCUUUCCUGUAUUUUUCAUUUUUAAAUUUGCUACAUUUUUCUGUCAUCUACCUCGGAUUAAUACAUAUCAAAACAGUGUUUAACGUGGUUGAGCAAGAUUUUUAGCAGUAAUUUUAUUGACACGAGUGUAAUCUCUGCAACCUCGAGUUCCCUGGAAAUGCAAGCACUUACAAUCAGUUUGAUAAAUCAAUUUCCCUUCAAAACCUGUAGAAUGUUAACUGAACAACUGCAGACAUCACAUCAGCAGGAAUGAUGAACAAGUCUGGAAAUCCAUCCAACCUGCACAUCAUCUUUUAUUAAGAGGAAAAAAAGUAGAAAGUCUGCGUCGUGUCAAGAAGAUUACUGCAGUGAGCUGUACAUUUUGUCACUUGCAAUCUUCUUCAUAAUUAUCUUCAGUUGCAGCUUAUAUAUGCAUGGAAGCAUCGCCAUAUAAUCAGUAAUGCCAUGAAAUGAUCUGACCUGUGUGUCCUGGACAAGUAAAACAAAUUACUUGAAGUUAAUGUACAAGAACCGGCAACAGAGGAAAAAGUACUCUGAUAAUGCACGUUGUGGAAGCAGAAAAGCCCUUACUGUUUUUAGGAAAUUAAGAUAGCCUUCAAUACUGGGUUGACAUUUAGUAGCAAGUUAAAAAAGACAGACUCCCUGCAGAGUCUGUAGUCCUCUUACUAACAGCCACAACAUUAAAACCACUGACAGGUGAAGUAAACAACAUGAAUUAUUUUUUACGACGUUCUGCUGGGAAAUCUUGGGUCCUGCCAUUCAUGUGGGUGUAACUUUGUCACAUAUUACGCUAAACUAGCAUCGUAGCAGACCAAGCACAUCCCUUUGACAACGGUACUCCAUGCAAAAUCUGCUCAGAAACGGCUCAAGGAACAUGACCAAGAACCCUCGGUAUUGAUCUGACCUCCCAACUCCCCACAUCUAAAUCUGAUCAAGAGUCGAUGAAUUAUGUUUAUUUUGUCGUUUCUUACUUUAGAAUAGUGUUACUUUUUAACUGACAACUAAGGAAAAGAUGGUUUUUACCUUGCUGACUUGUUUCAACCGCGUUUGCACUCUUAAAGUGUCAUCUGCAGUGUGAUGACGUGUCGUUUUUAUCAAAUGACCAGCCUGACAGGUUCUGACCCCUGCCGUCCAGUGGUCCCUGGAGGAUGGAAUCCCAGGUGUAUGAGAGGGUGUAGGCCCCCUCGUCCUGGUUUAUGGAAUUGUUUACUUGCUUCCUGAUCUCUGUGGCCUCCUUAAUCCACCAUUUAUCCACCGUGUAUUCGUUAGCCUCCGAUGUUACGAUCCUCCUCUUGUCCCGGUUCAUAAUGUGGUCGUUUCUUUUGGAGUGGUCCGUGAUGGCUGAUUUUGAGUUUUCUUGAACAAAAAAAAAAAAAAAAAGCAAAAGUCGGUUAAAAAGUAACGCUAUUCUGAUCAAGAGUCGUGUGAUGUGCUGGAACAAGCCCAAUUCACAGAGGCCUCACUGCAAACUACAGGAUCAACUGGUGACACACACCACAGGCAACCCUUAGAGUGUAUUUAGCUUCUCUUCCACUUUAUGUUGAACUGUACCCGGUUAGUGUCAAAGCCUGAACUGUUACCUAACCUGCAAAUUUUCACACAGUCAAAUGUAAAGAUUGUACUUGUGUUUCCCUUGUAAUCUACGAGGACAGAGCCCGUUCUGACUUUUAGCCAUCUACAAGAGUUUCUCAUUCGUCUGUUGGCUUAAUUACAUUUACAGAAGAUGGCGAUUUAGAAUAUGUUAUUUAUCCUUGAUGAUGAAUAUUCUUCAUGGAUAAACUGAAUGUCAUGGUCAACUACUGUAAUGUGCUUUCUUGUCCAAUCAGCCUACUUUGUAAAAAAAAAAAAAAAGAAAAAGUAAAAGAAAAAAAUCUUGAAUUUUGCGAAGAGAAUCAAAACAAAAUGUGGGCACAAUUGUUUUUGUCACGUAGAAAUGAAAUUGCGAUUGAGUGCAGAUUAAAUGCAGUUUUCUGUGCACCGUUGUAUCAAAUAAAGCCUACAGGUAUAAGGUUAGAGGUGUAAGGCCAAGCGCAAGGCCGUGCACACUUGAUUGUUCAGUAUGAGAACAGAACAGAGUACAGAUUGCAUUGUGUGUGCGUGCACAAACAGUCAGUCCUGACAGGUGGCCAUAAAUAAGAUGAAUCUUUAAGCUUAAGUGUUUUGUUGGACUCUGUUUGUAAACAUCAUUGUUGUGGAAUGUCCGCUGAUAAGAGGUGAUGAUGAGAUGCCCUGGUGUUGUCCUUUAAUAAAGCAAAUAAAGGGUUGUGAUUGGUUGGGCAUGAAGCCAGGAUGAGAGUGUUAUCUCGUCCUGGUGACAAUGCCCAUCAGUCAUUAAUUUUUUGGAAAUUACCCAGCAUUUAGACACCAUUAGAGGGGGAAUAAAUAAUGUAAUGGUGACAGGUGCAUGAGACUUGUCAUAAAAGAAAGAUGGCCCUGGGGCGUGGGGAACUCCAAGACUUUUACAUUAUGAAGCCAGCACACCACAGAGGAUUUUCAGACAUACCCCGGGGUAUCUCUCAGAGCGUUUGACCUGUGAUUGAAGAAAUAAAAUCUACUUCUUCUGAAUCUGAA